AUGUUUCUCCCAAAGAAUCUGGAUAGUCCUAACGAGAAGGAGGAGAUGGAAAUGAAAGGGCCUCUUUCACUUGUUCACAGAGCCAUGGUAAAAGCAAUGCCUGUGUUAGUUUCCCUACGGAAUAACAGAAAGGUUAUGGGAAAGGUGAUAGCAUAUGAUCGCCAUUACAAUUUACUGAUGGGAGAUGCUAAGGAGAUCGGCAAUAUGCGUGGAAGGAACAAAGGAAAGAAGAAGAGGCAAGGCUGCGAUUUCUCCAGACGCCUCGGAAAUGUUUUUAUUAGAGGAGAUACUGUUAUACUUGUUGCAGGAGGAGUUGAUACAUUUCAAGAGAAGGGCUUAGAGGAUAACGGAGAGCAAAGAAGAGUACAGAACGACGAGUAUAUCUAA